ACAUCGGAAAAAACCGAAAGCGCGUCUCAUAUUCAUGCUGACCGGUGUGUGGGAGGACAGAGACACUCCGAGAGGACAAGAGCAUCAUUUGUGAAGGAACUCGCGUCCAGCCUGAGACACUAUUCCAGCUGUCAUAUUGACAAAGAGGACAAACCGCAAACCGCAAAAUGCCUUUUGGUUUUGGUGACCAGAGAAACGCAGAGCAGUGCAAAAGAAAUGUGUAGCUGCUUACAGGUUGCACACACACUCAUCAUUAACACCAAUGGCAUUAUGGUCCAUAUGUGUUAACAAUCCUUAUUUGGACUCCAUGAAAGAAGACAUACUGUACCAUCUCAACUUGGAUACAUCGUCUCACGACUUGCCUAAAGAGUUUGGGGAUGUUAAAUUUGUGUGUGUUGGGGGCAGUCCAUGGCGAAUGAAGGCCUUUACUGAGUACAUUGCUAAGGAACUGGGCAUGGCAGAUCCCAAUGGAGAGUACCCAAACAUCUGUGAGGGAACAGAUCGUUAUGCCAUGUAUAAAGUCGGACCUGUGCUGUCUGUUAGUCAUGGCAUGGGCAUUCCCUCGAUCUCAAUAAUGUUGCACGAGCUAAUCAAACUGCUCCAUCAUGCCCGCUGCACUGAUGUCACUAUCAUGCGCAUUGGGACCUCUGGUGGAAUAGGUCUGCAGCCAGGCACAGUGGUGGUCACCAGGCAGUCAGUGGAUUCCUUGUUCCUGCCUCGUUUUGAGCAGCUGGUCCUGGGAAAGACUGUAGUGAGGAACACAGAACUGGACGUUGAGCUGGCGGAGGAGCUGCUACAGUGCGGCAAAGAGCUGGCAGAGUUUCAGACAGUUAGCGGGAACACCAUGUGCACUCUGGACUUUUAUGAAGGUCAGGCUCGUUUGGACGGCGCUUUCUGUUCAUACACUGAAGAGGAGAAACAAAACUACCUGUCCGAGGCGUACGCAGCAGGAGUCCGCAACAUUGAGAUGGAAUCUUCUGUUUUUGCUGCCAUGUGCAAACUCAGUAACAUACGAGCGGCUGUGGUGUGCGUGACGCUCUUGGACCGGCAGAAAGGCGACCAGCUGACCAGUUCCCAUGACAUCCUGCACAGCUACCAACAAAGGCCACAGACCCUUGUUGGCUAUUACAUCAAAAAGAAGCUUGAUGCCUUGAAGAGAAAUUGAGCUUUUACAUUUAGAGCACCAGAUUAAAAAAACAAGUUUUAUAGACAUUUUAUCUCUGUGCACUCGGUUUCAUUUUAUAGAAAUUUCAGACUUAUUUUUGUUAGUAGUCACAACCUAACACUGCUUAUGCAAGCGAAUAUAUUUAAGUACUUUAUAGUUUUAUGACAUGUUUUAUUUGCUUGUUGCUAUCUGCUGUUUAAGAGAAUUUAUAUAAUAAAAUGCACCACAGUAAUAUAAAGAUUAAA